CCUCCCGCACGCGGACACGCAGCGCCCUCCUCCUCCUCUGCCCUUUCAUCCUUCGUCCCGGCGUCCUCCCUCGCGGUCUCCCGCGGCGGCAGAUGUGCUUUGGGCCACCGCGCAGCUGGGACUAUGGUGAAAUUUCCAGCGCUCACUAACUACUGGCCCCUCAUCCGCUUCCUGGUCCCUCUGGGCAUCACCAACAUCGCCAUCGACUUCGGGGAGCAGGCCUUGAAUAGGGGCAUCGCUGCUGUUAAGGAAGAUGCUGUGGAAAUGCUGGCCAGCUAUGGGCUGGCGUACUCCCUGAUGAAGUUCUUCACUGGUCCGAUGAGUGACUUCAAAAAUGUAGGUCUGGUGUUUGUGAACAGCAAGAGAGACAGGACCAAAGCAGUUUUGUGCAUGGUUGUGGCUGGCGCUGUAGCUGCUGUAUUCCAUACCUUAAUAGCGUAUAGCGAUUUGGGGUAUUACAUAAUUAAUAAGCUACACCAUGUGGAUGAAUCAGUGGGAAGUAAAACUCGGAGGGCCUUCCUUUAUCUUGCUGCCUUCCCUUUUAUGGAUGCCAUGGCAUGGACCCAUGCUGGAAUUCUUCUGAAACACAAGUACAGUUUCCUGGUGGGAUGUGCCUCCAUCUCAGAUGUCAUAGCUCAGGUUGUUUUUGUAGCCAUUUUGCUUCACAGUCACUUGGAGUGCAGGGAGCCUCUCCUGAUCCCAAUCUUGUCCCUAUACAUGGGAGCACUUGUCCGAUGUACCACAUUAUGCCUGGGAUACUACAGGAACAUACAUGAUGUCAUUCCUGACAGAAGUGGGCCCGAAAUGGGGGGAGAGGCUACGAUCAGGAAGAUGCUGAGCUUCUGGUGGCCUUUGGCAUUAAUCUUGGCAACUCAGCGAAUAAGCAGGCCCAUUGUCAACCUUUUUGUCUCCCGAGACCUAGGUGGCAGUUCUUCAGCCACAGAGGCAGUGGCAAUUCUGACAGCUACCUAUCCUGUGGGACACAUGCCGUAUGGCUGGCUGACAGAAAUUAGAGCAGUAUACCCAGCUUUUGACAAGAAUAACCCCAGCAAUAAACUGGUGAACACCAAUAGCACCGUCACAGCGACACAUAUCAAGAAGUUCACUUUUGUUUGCAUGGCUUUGUCCUUAACGCUCUGUUUUGUGAUGUUUUGGACACCAAAUGUGUCAGAGAAGAUUUUAGUUGACAUAAUUGGAGUAGACUUUGCUUUUGCAGAGCUAUGUGUUGUUCCUUUGCGCAUCUUCUCCUUUUUCCCAGUUCCAGUGACAGUUAGAGCACACCUGACUGGUUGGCUGAUGACUCUAAAGAAGACAUUUGUGUUGGCACCCAGCUCAGUGCUGCGGAUUAUUGUCCUCAUCACUAGUCUCAUUGUUCUGCCUUACUUGGGAGUUCAUGGAGCCACCUUGGGAGUAGGGUCCCUUCUAGCAGGGUUUGUGGGAGAAUCCACUAUGGUUGCAAUAGCGGCCUGUUACGUCUAUCGAAAACAGAAAAAGAAGCGGAAUGAGAAUGAAACAUCUGCAGAAGGUGAAGACUCUGCCAUGACCGACAUACCCCACACGGAGGAAAUGACAGACAUCGUAGAAAUGAGAGAAGAGAAUGAAUAAGAAAUGGGAUGCAAUUGUUCUCUAUAGGGACGAUUGGAGUGACACUUCAGCAUCUUGUCGUCUCUCAUACUUUUUUGUUUGUUUGUUUUUAUUUUUGUAAUAAAGAGGCCUUGAUUUAAAAGGUUUCAAAUAAAUUCUCUAGCAUACUGAGUAUGCUCACACUGAUGAGGGACCUAAAAAGAGGUCUUUGCUUUUUCUUUUUCAAUUGAAUUUGUUUUCUCACUCCAUGCAAACAUAAAAGAUACAAUUGCAUCACUGUAGAGUCUUCCUUACUUAUGCAUCCAUCUUCUCUGGACAAUCUGCAUUUGUCAACCAAAGCCCUGCUGUGUGCGUGUGCCUGUGUGCACACACGAGUGCCACUGGCUCAGUGCUACUGCCAUAAUCCUACUCCCUCCCCUCUUUCCUUUUCCUUCCUUUUCUUUAUGAGAAAUGUUAAGGAAAAGAAGUUUGGAAUACAGAGCUUUAUUUUACUUGCUUGAAAAUGACUUUGCUACAUAAACUAAUAUACUAUGGUGAACUAUAUCUUUUUGUUUGGCCUCAUCACUAGAGCUUAUACUGCACAGGGUACGAUACAGGGAGGAACGUGUAAGUCUCCAUAUGGGGAAAAACAGGUUCCUCUCUCCUGUUAAAAGUGUGUGGAUGUGUAUAUACACACACAGAAACAUACAUGUAUAUAUAUUUAUAUAUAUAUGCAUACGAUAAAUAAAAUACACACAGGACAAGAACUCUGUUUAGUUUUCAUUCCAUCUGAAAGACAGAAAUCUUUUGAAAAAUGUAAGCAUUUAAUUCAGAAUCUAUUUGAAUAGCUAAGCAUCACCUCACAUAGUUUUCUUUAGGAAAAAUAAAAAACAUGCACUUUCCUCUUGUGAAGAGGGUGAUAGCAGCUGAUAUAAUUUGACUGUAUUUGAAUAAAAAAAAUAAAAAUUGACAAGCUUUACCAAAGUUCUUGUCCACUGAUUUAACUUUGAUUUGCUCUACUUUUAUUUCUGGUGUCUGUAUAUUGAAAGAAAAAAUAUAGGUAAUUUGUGCAGGAUACCAUGCUGUGUCACAUUACUACACAUAGCUCCAUGAAAUUCUUAAUUUGGUGAUGUACACAUGCUCACACACAGAUGUAUAUAUAUAUAUAAGUAUAUAUAUAUACAUAUAUGUAUGUUUUGCUAUGAUAUAUUUACCUAUGCAGUAGAUCAGAAUCAGUAUGGUGAAGCUCAAGUACUGGUAAUCCUCCAAGUCCUCAAUUAGGGACCAUGAUCACUUGUUAGCUCCUAACAGUGUCAUGGAAGUGGAAAGCUGCUCAAACCAGCAAGUUGCACUUUGCAAACAAGGCAGGCACUGUGCAGUUUAAUUGAGCCUUAAACAGUAGAGUGUGGGGUUGGAUGGUCGGUCCUUGUCAAGUGGAAAUGAAGCGUAUGUAAGAGGUUGCUGAACCAGAGAUGGUUUUGGGUGCCACUGAUGAUGGCUGCGGGAGCAGCUUCUAUUGCUGUGCUGUUCUGUGUUCGGCUGCGGGGCAGCGUUCCUGUGUCCAGUUUGUAGUAACUUGGGUUCUUUCAUUUGUAGCUGUGCCAGAUUCUGAUUCUGGAUACAGUUAUCCUACAUGGUAUAUCUGCAAACCAGUUAAUUUAAACAUUGUUUAGUAAAAAUAUAUUUUUGUAAGUUGUGGAAAUGAUUAUUUAAUUGUGGACAACUUCAGUUUCUAGAUUAUUUGCCAGGUAGUCCCAGCACUCAGAAAGUUGACCAGAAUUAGCCAUUACUUCAAAAUGUUAUAUCAAUAUAUGUGUGUAUAUACAUACACAUGUGUAUAAAUAUAUGUAUUGUAUAUUAUGUACUUUUAUUUUAAGCGACAAUGCAUUUUUUAUUUUUCCAAGUUCAGCUAAAAAUGGCUCUAAAACAUUACCGAGUUGACUAGUAACCAGGUGUAGCUAGAAUGAAAGGCAUUGUAUCAAUGAAUUUUAUUUUAGACAUUUGUACAAAUUUGUUAUAUGUACAGAUGCAGUAAGAGGAGACUUAGAAGUGAUUUUGUUCAACGACAGACUUGAAAAAUCAGUUUGUGGUUGCUUAGUGGUGGCAGUAAAGGAUAAGAUUAAACCUAGUAGCCACGCGUUUUCAGUGCCACCACAAGGUUGUUCUCAUUGUUUACUAUAGGAGAUUUUUUAAAAAGACAAAAAGAAAUGUCCUCAAACAAAUGAACUUUGUGCAGCAUGGAGACUGUACACAUAUGCAUUCAUGAAUACUCUCAAACAGUCAUAUGUAUGUAACAUGUAUAUAGACUGUUACGGAUCACAGCGGCCGCUUAAAGACUUCUCUGUUCCUGUAGUUUUGAUUCCUCCUGUGCAUUUGUAUCCAAAUCCACAACACGCAGUUUUUCAGGAACUGUGGGGAUAAAACACUAAAUUAUUUGUGUGUAGUAUUUCUUUUGAUACUUGAAUGAAAUUCAAAUAGAAGUAUUUUUGAGGAAUUUUGAGCAUGGCAGAUGUAGGGUUCAAGGUAAUCACUGCACCAAAAAGUAAGAAUUUGAAAACAGAUUAGUUGAAGCACUGAGUCUUUUGUUUUAGAUAGAAAACUGAACAAUCAUCAAAGAGUAAAUUAUUGGUCAUAUAGAGUGAAACUAAUGGUAUUGUAAAAGUCAAAAUUUCAGUUCUUCUGUGGGAAGUUAUAUUCCUUUGUUUCAAAAAAAAAAAAAAAAGAGCAGAGGAGUGGCUGGAGGCAAGUACUCACAAGGUUUUGUAAGGACUCAUGCAUAACACUGAUACCCAUUUCCUGUGCGUUGUGUAUUUUUUACAUUGCUGGGUUUACCUAAUCUGCUGAUGUAUCUGCAACAUGUAACUCCAUAUGGGAGCUUGGUGUCCCAGCAGAUGCUCUCACAUAUUAGCAUGCUCAACCUGAUGGCAGGUCCACAAGGAGCUCCACGUGCCACAGCAGCACCCAGAACUCCAUCUGGUGACAUCUUCAAGGGCUUCAGUGACAAUCUGAGCCCCAUUUGAUGGUGUGUCCAACUGGGCUGCCUUUGGACCAAGGGCGUGUGCCGCCACGUCCAGCUCGACCGAAUCCCUCUGAAUGGGUGCAAUCAUUACCCACCCAAGUGUCUCUGCUGAGCAGGCCCUCGUGAACAUGUUGGCUUCUUCCCGCACAAAGGGAUCUUGAAUUUUGAUGAAUGCUGUCUCCUUUGUGGUGUUGCUCAUGACAUCUCUAUCUGUGCGAUACAUUUUGAAGUAAUAGAAAUCUGUUGUCUCUUUUGAGAGGGAGAGACAGAGCAUCAUCACACUGAGUUCAUGGAAGUUUCAGCCUUCCGAUACUUUCUUGAGAAUAACUGAAUGAUACCAAUGAAGUUGCAAUAAAAAGAGGAAAAAAGUUGAUCUGCCUCCUAUAUCUUACGUUUUAGACCAUGAAGGAACAUACCACACAGCAGGAAGUCGAAGGGACACUGGUAGAUUCUGGAUUAAUGUUCCUAGGCUUUUAAUAUGUUUAAGGUUGUGUUAAUUGUCUGAGUUUUCCUUUCACAGACCCAACAGGAGUUGGAGAACACCUAUUUUUUAUCUCCCCCACAUGCUUACCAGGCCAUGGCCCUGGUGAGGCAGGCUCUGCGUGUCCCAUCCCUCUUACACAGUCACGCGGUCGAGAGUGAUAGUUGUGCUGGGCAAGAGGAUGGGUGAGUAACAGAGAAGUCUUUUGUUUCCUACUCAUUUUGCUGCUAAAUAUUUCCUUUGAAUGGGAGAGAUUUAUAUCUGGCUCUCGGUCGGGUUGUACCGAACUGCUGCAGACAGAUAGACAGUGGCUGGAGAUGGAGGGCGAGCUGCUGAAUGCAGUGUAUUCAGGGCAGGCCACAGCGCACAGACGAGCCUUUUGAGGGAGAGAGUUCUUUUUUUGUGGGCUGGCGCCUCGUGCUUAAAGGGAAGGGUGAAAGGACGCCUCGGGUGCUCGGGGAGGCCACGAGGCGUAGGCAGCGCGGGAUGGCGUGCGAGCAGGAGGGCAGCGACACGCCAUGGCCUCUCACUGCGGUGUGGGCAUGGUGUGAUCAGUGGGACAGUGUGGCUGGGGAUACCUGAGUGUUGGUCCUGUAGCCAUUGGUGUGUCUGAAAGCCAUGCAUAAAUAGAUGAAUAUAUAUAUGUAAGGGUAUGUAUAUACGAGUGUGUAUGUAACAAUUUUAUGCAUACAUUUUUACUACUGGCUGUACGUAGUUUGCUGUAGCAAAGUAUAAAUAAGAUCUUAAAGAGGGAAUAGGUUGUGUGAAGAAUUGCAGUUUAAAGCUACAUAAACAAAUAAUUAGAACGACCUUUCAUCAGACAUGAUACCAGUAAGAAAAAGCGGGAUUUAGAUCUGUAAGCUGGAGAGAAGUGGGGAACAUGGAAAAGCUUAUGGAUGUGGCAUAGCCAGCCUAAAGACAGCAUCGUGGGGUGGAAGUCAGUUAACAGAGAGCAGAAAUGGCUCUGCCAUUCUCCUGUUAACUGUGCUGGAGUGGAACUGAAGGGUGAGAAGUGAUGUGUAAAUGAGACACAGCUUUGAGUAUUUGGGUUUCUGAGGAGUCAUCAGAGAGACGAGCAUGAAAACAUCUCAGAAAGGUAUUCAAGCAGAAAUGAACCAAUAUGUGGGCGCUGUGGUGUGCAAAGAGGAGACUUUACAUCACCUGCUGAUUCUAACUGGCAGUAACUGGGCAAAUGACACGAGCUUUAGUUGAACAAAGUUAAACAGAGUAACAAAGGGUGAAUUACAGAGCUUUGAUAUCAAACUGGCAUUUCCCAAGUACCAAGUUAGCCAUAUGCAUGUGCAGACCGCCAUGUUUGCAGGCCGCGGCGAGGGCCCACUGAAGGGCUGCAUGUUCCCCUGGCAGCGCCAGCACCAUGGGCACUUCUUGGCUUCUCAGCAGCGUGCAGCAUGCCUUGUUGUUGACUGCUGAUGCACAGCAUGAAGUGAGGCACCUACAUUAGAUCAGCCUGAGCUCAGGUGCAGUGAGCGGCAGAGCAGGGAGAUGAAGUGGAGUGCUUAGGGAGCCGUGGCUCACGAGUGAUUUUGGGGCAGCUUGUGUGGAUUUGCUUUGGAAAGCAGUGCACAGUCAUUGCCAGAUUCCUCCUUGGCAUUGUAUGAUUACUAGAUAUUGUCACUCCUCAUCAGACAUUUCUUUAUUUUCUUCUGAAGUCUCUUGCUAGGUUUAUUUUGUCUGCUGGCAUUUUGAGAAAGAAAAUGUAGUCUUCAUGCUGAAUGUCAAGUAAUGUAGUCUUUAAAAAGUAGCUUAAAAGAAAACUUUUUUUGAUGAACUGCUUUUUGCUUGUCAUUUGCUAAGCUGAAAAGGAGUCAAGAAAUAGAAGGAACUGGGGGAUGUUCUUUAUUUAAAAUCAAGAACUCAAAGAAUUGAUUCAAAUUCACUACUUCACUCAAGCCAUUUUUUUUGACCUUCUGGUGAUUUCUGAGCACCAGGCCCAACUCUUCCAGGGCCCUGCAGCCCUGCAGCAGUGCACUGUUUGAAGCACUGGGAAGCACAGGACUUUGUGUAGAUGAAAACUAAAAUAUAGCCCGAAGAGUUGGAGAGGCUGAUUGAUAGCAAGAAUCUGUUAAGUUUAAAAUUCAGUUGGACUUGUGCAACCUCAUUGAUGUCUCAACUGGCCCUGCUUUGGGAUUACAUAGAUAAAUACCUGCCAUCUCCAUCUGACCUAAAUUGUUCUCUGCAACCUAGGAUAGUCCUGUCAUCUUAAGACUGUUUGGGCUUUUUUUAGGGUUUCAGGGCUGAGAGAUGGUGCCUGCUAGAGCUCAACAAUGCAGAUAUUUAAGCCAAAAUCUGAGCUUCACAGAUUCUUUUGCAGAUGACAAAACUUUCAUAUUUCAGGGCCAGCUGUAAGCACCCUCCCACCCUGUGGGAGCCCUACAAUGAGGGCAAAGCAAAAAUCAGCUAUUGUAUAUGCAGACAAAAUAUGUGAGAACUGCACUGCACUUUUACAGUUAACUCUCUAAGUACAAAAGCCUGCAACCAGCAAGAAACUCCUUCUUUUCAUGUGCAUCAUUCAUCACUAUAAAAAAAGCUAUCCUUUCUGAUAACUGUAAUCAACAUAAUGCAAAAUAAUACUUAAUUUAUGUAAUAAAACAGCUUGGCCUGUCUACAAAUGAGAGCAUAUAAAUACCCUCUUAGGAAAGGAUGUACUUUAAAAUUGAAGUGACAGCUAUAUCCUUAAUUCCACCAAAACACAAACAAAAAAAAUGGAAAAAAAAAGCAUCAGCUUUGAAUGAAUAUCCUGCCUGGAUGGAAAGCAGAGUGUGAGUACACAUGCAGAAAGCAGCAGAGCCUGAACUAGCAUGCUCAGCUUUGUAGUUUGCUCUAAGACAGUACGAAUGCAACUCUGGCUUUGCAUCCUGUUACAGUAAACACAAUGUCCUUCCUAAGCUGUAAUGAAACAAUUAGGAGGCUACAGGCCAUAAGGUUACUUACAUCAACUGAUUUUAUCUACAAACCUUGCAAAUGCUACAACGUUGCAAAAGCAAAACCUGUAAAAAGAAUGAAGGUUCGUAUGCAUUUUUAUAGAGGAUGUCAACAAGCUUUUUAAAAUUAAUCACUCUUUCAAUAAUGCAGUUCAAAGUGCACUUCACUUACCUUGUUUUUAAUAAAAAUCUACCCAUAAAACACCAUACAUUAUUACAAAGCAAAUGCACAAGAUGCAGAAUUCAACCUGUGUUUUUGCCAAUGGGACAGAAGCUCCCACCACCACCAUAAAGGCAGUUGAGCUCGGGUGGUGUCACUCAUUCAGAACACUGGCCCCCACUACUACUGCAACUUUAGAUCUGCUUUUGUUGCUUCUGCCUCCAUUUUCUUGAAGCCAAGCACCCAGGGCACUGUUUGGUUGGGUAUUCUAGCGUGGCCAUGGGUCCCCAGGGCUUGCCUGCCAAGUGGGAGGUGACUUGAAACACGGAGUCUCUUUAGGACAAAACCUGAUGGUUUGUCAUUCCACCAAUAUGAGCAAGCUGGGGGCAGCAAUCUUCCCUAGAGCUGGCUCUUCUGAAAGAGGGAAAAUAGACUUUGCCUUUUAUUGAUGGACUUGUGGCUGGGACUGCAGUCACCGUCAGGUCCUCUGAUGCUGCAUUUGGUGUUUCUUUAUGCUGUGACACUGGCAGAGAAUCUUAAUACCACAGGCUGCAGAAAUCCCAACUGGGGACCAGGAGUCUGUUCUGCUUGGUGGCAUAGAUGAAAUGUGUUUAAUGGUGCCACUCCCUCAUUUGUCAUCUUUAACGAGAGGUUCACUCACCUAUGAAGGUUUCCAGACAGCACUGCUGACAUCAGAUAAACCUGAACUUUGCAGUGCUAGAAAUACAAAAAACACCAAACUUUGUCACACUUUUUGCAGUGGAGAAAGAAGGAAGCUUCACGCAUCCCACUCUCUCCAUCUUGACAUAGUUGAGCAACGGCCAGCCACAAGGUAGUUCUAGAAGGAACUCUAAGGCUGAGCACAACCCAAAGGAAAAAGCAGCAGAUGAGAACUGUUUUGUCUCCGCAGCAGGGAUCAUCAUGGAGGAGGGCUAAAUUGCAUAGAAAUGCCCUCCAGAAAUUAUUGGUUUUAGAGCAGAGGUUCAGGAUGGCUUUGACCACACUGUACAUCAUCUGUAAAGUAGUAACAGCAAGGAUAGCAGGUUCUCCAAUCUCCAAAAGGUGUUCUAAGGGUAGAAUUCACUGAUGCUGGUGAAAAAUGCUUGGAUACUGCAGGGAACAGCACCACAGAAAUGCCUAUAAAUACUGAACUCAUAUUUGCAUGUUCUAAUUGUGCCUUUGGGUUCUCUAAAAUUGACUUGUUUUUAGUUUAGUGGAAAUACUUUUAAAAAAUGAGAGUGGGGAAUAGUGUCUUGAAGCAGCAUCCUAAGAAAGGGCAGCACAGCAUCUGAAGGCUUUCCUGGGAAGGAGCAGGAGGAUGUCUGAGGGCCUCUGUCCAGAGAGCAUUCUGCAGGACAAGGACUUGUUCUGUUCUCAGUAGGCUUGUAAGUAAUAGCUGGGCACCUUUAGGGAAUGCUGUGUUUGCACUGGUGUUAAGGUUACCUUUCCAUAAGGAAAAAGCUGAUUUUUUGUUCAUUUCUGUUAUUUUAGAACAAAUGGUUAUUUCACCUUAGAGGUAUCCCUUUGCUAUUCAUUUGUUUCAGAGUAUCUUUCACUAUCAGAUUCAGAUUCUUUCAGUGUCUUUCAGGAUAAAGCUAUCUUUAUGCAAAGCAGUAUGCCUAAUAGCAAUCCUUGACUAUUUAAACAAGUCAAUUUUCCAAGGACUGUAGGUGUCAAGUCAGAGCCCUAUUUGGAACUACAGUACAGGGAUCCUAGAUUUUAAAAGAAAUGUUACCUCAUGCAUCAUUUUCUGCCAUACUUUUGUAGAAUUCCAAUUGAUUUCUCACGAAAGAAGUGUCGUUUUCUUGAAGUUGUACACCUAAAGCUACCCGUUAGUUUUUUAAUGAAUGUUUUGCUUUGCUUUGAACAUGUGGGUUUUCUGUAACCUCUAAAGAAACCAAUGAAGGUAAAACUUUGUACAUUUUUUCAAUGACUGCUGAGGUCGAAAGUAUAAAAGUACGUGUUGCAUUAAAAAUUGAGUGUUGUUUAUGUAUUUAACAGAGAUGUAUGUUUUUGCAUUGUUAAAAAGAAUGAUCUAUGCUUUCUUUUAGGAGGGGGGGGGAGAUCUGUGCUCCAAUAUUGUCCAACAGCUUUCAUAUUCUAAUUACUUUAAGUAAAGUUCUAACAAGUUUGCAUAUGA